AUGACUCAACAACAAAUCAGCCUGCCCGCCAAGCUCAUCAACGGUGGCAUUGCUGGCUUGGUUGGAGUAACCUGUGUGUUUCCUAUUGACCUGGCCAAGACCAGGCUCCAGAAUCAGAGGAGUGACCAGCAGGUCUACAGGAACAUGAUGGAUUGUCUCAUCAAGACAGUCAGAUCAGAGGGGUACUUUGGAAUGUACAGAGGUGCAGCAGUCAAUCUCACCCUGGUCACUCCAGAGAAGGCAAUCAAACUGGCUGCUAAUGACUUCUUCCGCCACAAACUGAGCAAGGAUGGGUCCAGGCUUACUGUAUUCAAGGAGAUGCUGGCCGGGUGUGGUGCAGGGAUGUGUCAAGUAAUCAUCACCACUCCAAUGGAGAUGCUGAAGAUUCAACUUCAGGAUGCAGGCAGACUCGCAGCGCAGCAGAGGAAGCUGGCGGUACUCCCCGCCAUGAAGUUUGGUGCCGGUAACGCUCUACUCAGCUGUUCCUACAGUGGAGGCCCUGCGCCGGUCCUCAGAGUCUCUGCCACACAGAUCACCCAGGAGCUGCUCCGCACACGAGGGAUACAGGGGCUCUACACCGGCCUGGGAGCCACACUCAUGAGGGACAUUCCCUUCUCUAUGGUCUACUUUCCCCUCUUUGCUCAUCUGAAUAAUCUCGGACAGCCAUCAGAGAUGGAAAAAGCGCCAUUUUACUGGUCCUUCAUCUCAGGCUGUAUGGCAGGGUGUACAGCUGCUGUGGCAGUAAACCCUUGUGAUGUCAUCAAGACCAGACUGCAAUCUUUGAAGAAAAGUACUUCAGAGGAGAGCUAUAAUGGUGUGGUGGAUUGUAUAAGUAAGAUCAUGCAGAAGGAAGGUCCAGGAGCCUUUCUGAAGGGCGCUAGCUGCAGGGUGCUAAUUAUUGCGCCACUCUUUGGCAUCGUGCAAGUCGUGUACAUCCUCGGCGUGGGGGAGUUCCUCCUGGGCCAAAGUCCUUAUAACCUCUACACUUCGUAGACUACCUCCUGAAACCUAUUGCUUGAUGGGAUAAUAACUACUGACCAAGGCAGCUAUAAGAGUAACUUUUGUAAAACAGCAAUCCUAAUGUUAACAUAAGCUUAUCAGGGUUGAGAGGGAUGUGGUGAUUUCAGUCAAUGGUUCCCUCAUCUCUAUUUAACUUCUUCUGCAUACUGGACCCGGAUCAGAAGGAGGUUUUUUUUAUCUGGCACUUCUGUAACUAGGCAAUUGUGUCCUAACCAAGUAAUGUUUUUAGCAGCUUCGAGACACCAGUGCAUUGGGUCGAUAAACACUUCAUGAAUGCUUAAACAUGAAUUGACUUGUUUUAUCUUUGUAAAAUGUUUUGAAAAUAAUAAUAAUUAUGGCUUGUAUGACUGGUUGUGGCCUUAGCACGUGUCCUGUGUGCUUUUUUUAACAGAAAGCAGAUUUUGUAACAGUAUCAGAAUGUUCCCUCAAUGAGGGAUUGAAGAUUUCUGUUGCCAUUGUCUCAUUCAGGCCUGUAUUAUGCUCUGUCACUGACCUGUCUUGAUGUGAAGUGACCCUUCUGUACAUAGCCACAGUUUCAAAAUAUUAACAAUAGCCUCUUAUCGAUGACUUUUAAAAACAAAUUCACUUUUUAACAGCAUGAAAAAAUGUAAUGGUGAUGUAUUUAUUGUUACAUUUUAUUUGAUUAUUAGUUGUAUCUAUUUUAUUCGAUUUUUUUGUUAUUUUUUUUGUAUUUUUUGUUUUUGUUAUGUUACCAUAAUGAUUCAGUCUCUGCUGAAUAUAAUGUUUAAAAUACUGUACUGAAGUUUCAGCUAGUCCCUGUCCAUCUCCAGGCCACAGGCCAACAGGCAAGUGGUAUCAUUCCAGGGACUGAGAUUCCCAGAUCAGGUUGGGAGCCUCUGUAAUGAGUUGGAAUCAAACCAGGGGUUGGGUGAGGAGGAGCAAGGAUGGUCUUUCUUGAUGAUAGGACCAAGUUUUUUGUUUGGGAUCCCUGGACAGGUUUCAGCAUUUCAAUGACUAUGUGGUGUAUUUACUAUUGCAAGUACACUGUAGAUGUAAAAAAAAAAAUGAAUAUUUGUAUUCUGUAUUUAUAAAUAGUUUAUAAGAGUUUAAUCUUAUGGGUGCAAAUAAGAACAUUUCAUAGUUUAUCUUGUGUAAAAUGUACAGGCGGAAGGUAACAUGUUAUACAUACAUAUAAAAAUAGAAUUCCCAGCUGUCUGUAUGGACUGUAUGGACUCCGAUGUAAAGAAUUAUUUCGGAUUCUGUUGUAUAAUUGCACCAGCUCAGUGUCAUUGAGUAAAAUUGGGAUGA